GAUUCGGCCCCGGCUUUGACUUUGACACGUACAGUGACACCCCGUACAAAACAAGUAACAUAACAAAACAUUUUUUAACUCUUGAAUGAUAAAUUAAAACAAUAAAAGCAAUAAAGAUCACAAAUAAAAAGCACACGGUAAAAAAAAGACUCUUCUAAAGCUUACAUGAUGCUUCAACAGUCUCAACAACUUUUUUGUUGCAGCGGGAUUCAGUACUUUUACAUAAAUCUUUUUUUUUUUCAGAAAAAUACACUUUUUUUUAGAAUGUUUACACUUGAUUAUAGCGAUAAAUAAAUUAACCUUACACAUUUUGUCUGUGAUAAAUUUCCCAUGAAUAAAUAUUAUAAUAUGUUCAUAUAAUAUUCGAUAUCUCCACACAGGUUAUAAUUAUGUUAAAAAGUUACAGUUUUAAAAAUGUAGUUUUAGUGUGCCCAAUAAAUGUUUAGCCUAAUCGGCUCGCGACCUAAAGUGUGAUUUGGAUUUUGGCCCUUUGUGUGACUGAAUUUCACACCCCUGUUCUAAAUCAUGGCCUCCUACUUGACAAAUUUGAAGGGUUAGGCAUCAGAGGAGUAGCUCUAUUUGAACAAAAGCUAUAUGAUUGAAAGAAAAUGUGUUAAAAACAUGAAUUUAAUAAUCCUGUAUCCUGUAUCCUGGAUUUUGGCCCUUGUGCGAUCAAGUUUGACACCCCGAACUCUAUUUGACAAUCAUGUCAUAAAUUAAGUGUGAGAUGUGUGUAUAUGUUAGUGCAAACAUGUCCAUUGGAGCAAACAUAAUGUAAAGAAGAUAGCAAUAUUUACUUUUAUUGUUUUUCUUAUCAGUUUCUGAUUUCAUAUAUUUAUUAGAUUUGAAAAAUUAAUAUUUGUAUUCUCUUUUAUCCUUAUUUUUUUAAUUGCUCGAAUCAAUGAAUCAUCAUCAUCCUCACCUUCAUGUCAAUUACAAUAAAACAUCUGAACUCUGCAGUGCUUUAGGGUCAUAAUUGAAGAAUUACAGAAGGACAGAAACAGGACUUCAAGAUAUAUUUUUUUAAUUGAGAAAUAACCCAUUGACAGGUUUGGGAGCCCACUGCGCAUGCGCACCCCCCUCCUCCUCCUCCUUUUUUUUCUUUUCUUUUUUUUCUGCAGCCGGAGGUAUGUCGCCUGCCGUCAGACUCAGCUGCCGCAGGGUUCGGGCUUUAUCAGCAGCUGCAGAACAGACUCCGCAACAGCCGCCGCUCCGUCACGCGCUCAAACUCCGCACGCGGACAUUUCCGCUCCACCGCUGCGGGUGCCGCGCGGCAUGAGCGUGUCCGGGGGAUGUGAGAGAGCCAGGUCCACGUCGUGAGAUGAUCUGUGUCUGUAAUGGCGAAGGCUCUGCUUCCACGGGCGUGGGUGAAGAAGUCCUUCUACUUUCAGGCUCGGAUCUCCUUCAUGCGGGUGAAGUACCUGUUUCUCACAUGGCUGACGGUGCUGGUGAGCAGCUGGGUGAUCUACGUGCAAUACUCCGCCUACACAGAGCUGUGCAGAGGACACGAAUGCAAGAACGCAAUCUGUGAAAAGUACAGAAGAGGAGUGAUUGAUGGCUCAGCUUGCAGCAGUCUGUGUGACAAAGAGACGCUCUACUUUGGAAGGUGCUUGUCGUCACUGCCAAACAACCAGGUCUACACGGGAAGCUGGGGGGACCACAGCGGCAUCAUCCACUGUCAGCUGGGGGAAGUGGCACGCUAUGAUCUGAGUGAAGAACCCGAGCCACGGAGGGAGGCUCCGGCAUUCGACAAGCCUUCUAAAGGCACCUCAGUGGAGAAGUUCAGAGAGAUGGUCUUCAGUCUUCUCAAGGCCAAGCUCGGAGAGCAGGUGAAUCUUUCCGGCCUGGUCAGUCACAUCCUCUCUGUCACGGAUGGCAACAGAGAUGGUCGAGUGUCCCUGCCAGAGGCGCGCUCAACAUGGGCCAUCCUGCAGAUGGAUGAGGUGCUGCUGGGCCUCCUGCUGCAGGAGCGUGGACACACUCCUCGCCUCCUCGGCUUCUGUGGAGACCUCUACAUGACCGAGCGUGUCCCCUACGGGCCUCUGUAUGGGUUUGCGUUGCCGUGGCCACUGGUUUCCUGGGUGCCCAACAGUUUGCAACGAACUAUUGAUCAGUGGUUCACCCCAUCGUGGCCUCGCAAAGCUAAGAUCUCCAUGGGCCUGCUGGAGCUCGUAGAGGACGUCUUUCAUGGCACCUACGGCAACUUUCUGAUCUGCGACCUGGCAGCGAUGCACUUUGGAUACACUGACCGGCACGAGCUUCGCUUGACUAAAACUCAAGUAGUAGUCCCUGAAUUCGAGUUCAGGCGCGUCAUGCGGGCCCUGAGGUGCGAGAAGGAUGCAGACUGCGUGUACGGUGCAGACUGCCAGACGUCGUGUGAUUUAUCAGAGAACCGGUGCAGAGAGAAGCCCCUCCAGCCAAACCUGGCAAAGGCAUGCCGCACACUGAAGGACUAUCUCCUGCGAGGAGCGCCAUCAGGAAUGAGGGAGGAACUGGAGAGGCAGCUGUUUGCCUGCAUGGCCCUCAGAGGGAAUUCCAGGCAGCUGGAUAUGGAACAUUCCCUCAUCCUCAACAACUUGAAAGCCCUAUUGUGGAGACAAAUCUCCCACACCAAGGACUCGUGACAGAGGACGUCCUUCUGCACAAAGCUGAUGCUGAGCAUCUCCACAGUAUGUUUUAAAGCAAGGGUUCCCAAACUGUGGCCCGCGGGCCGGAUUGAAUUGAACUUUAUUCAUAUCACAAAUGAUAAAUUCAUUUGUUAUGGCACCACAAAAGGAAAAGUUGCAUAAAGAAAAAACAUAUAUGAAAUUUAUUAAAUAUAUUAAUAAUUUCAAAUAAUACGUUAAUAAAUUAAUAAUAUAGGAUUCUGACAAGUAAUAAAUCACAAAAAUAUGCCAUAUUAAAAAAUAAUCAUACAUAUUUAUAUACACAUACACCUCCACAUUUGCCCCAGAUAUCUGACGCAUUAUUUUUAUUUUAUUGUUUCGCCCAAUCUGGCUUUGAGAUUAUUUGCUGUGUUUUCUGUUAGCAACAUUUCUGUAAGCAAAUGUUGAAAACACAGAAAACACUGUUGGCAAAAGUGUUUUCUGCUAGCAAAACAGUGUCUGCUAACAGAAAACACUUUCGCUGACAGUGUUUUCAGUUAGCAACAUUUGCAUUUCUGAAAGCAAAUGUUGAAAACACAGAAAACACAGUUAGCAGAAACAAAAACACUGUAAACUAAAGUGUUUUCUGUUAGCAAAACAGCAUUUUUUACCAGAAAACACUGUUAGCAAAACAGAAAACUUAGCAAAAGAGUUUUCUGUUGGCAAAACAGUGUUUGGUAGCAGAAAACACUGUUAGCAAAACACUGUUUCGCUAGCAAAAAAAAAAGAAAAAACGUUAGCAAAAGAGUUUUCUGUUAGCAAAAGAGUUUUUGUUACCCGAAAACACUGUUAGCAAAACAGAAGACUUAGCAAAAGAGUUUUCUGUUAGCAAAACAGAAGACUUAGCAAAAGAGUUUUCUGUUAGCAAAACAGUGUUUGGUAGCAGAAAACACUGUUAGCAAAACACUGUUUCGCUAGCAAAAAAAAAAGAAAAAACGUUAGCAAAAGAGUUUUCUGUUAGCAAAACAGUGUUUAGUAACAGAAAACACUGUUAGCAUCAACCGUAGACAGAACUACUAACAGAAAACACCUUUUCUUUUAGCCUACAAACUGACUCCGCCCCCACAUUAGUGAAGGACAAAGUUAUAUAUCCCCUGACGGGAAAAAAUUUGGGGACCCAUGUUUUAAAGAAGCCUUUUUUCAGAGCAGUUCACACCAGGUUCUACCUCCAUCCUCACUGAACGAGGCAGCAUGAUGGUCUUUGAGCUGAUCAGCUAAGGCUGUCGACACAACGCGUCACUGCACCUUUCAUUAACAAACUCUUGGACAGAGAACCGUUUAUAUUCCUUUAGGGCUGCCACAAACGAUCGUUUUAUAGUUGAUUAUUUUUUAUGAUUAGUCGAAUAAUCGGGUCAUGCGUAAAGUGGAUGGAAAGCGCUCAUCUUAGCCAUCAUUAGCUUUAAGCUAACUAAAAAUAAAGACAAUUAAGAUGAUAGUUUAUUAAGAUUUUAAUGACUCGUGCAGCCUCUGUCCUUUUAUUAGUUUCUGGUAUUAAAACAAGAUGAACUCUU